UAAGUAGUCUAGUAGUAUAAAUUUUCGUAGUAGAUGUAGAUGUGGUGGUGGUUUGAGUGAGAAAGAGGGACCUCGACUCGACUCUUCCGCGGCCGGUCUCGCCCGAUGCACUUCAGUGUUCCCUCGUACGCGGUUGAGAUCCGUUCUUGUCAGAUUACGUGCGUGAGUGCGUGUGUGUGUGCUCGAGGACCCGCGUGAUGGGACCUCGUUAUUGUCAGCUCAAGUUCACCGAGUUUCGUAGGUAGCUGUCGAUGACCAUUAUUGUUGCUGUAGACAUGCAGGAUUUAUCACCCGGGGGGCCCAUGUCAGUGAAAGAGUGUGAAAUUUUUUGCUAAGUGCGGGUAUAAAAGCUGGGUUACAAAUAAAGAAAUAAAUAUUCGCGAGAGAGGUAAAUAUAAAAGCUUAAGUGAGUUGUGAGUGAAACGUUACGGGGGAACUCUAAGUAAGUUGAAGGGGUUGUUGUGAGAGUGAAAGCUGGUGAUGGUGAAAGGGGCUGGAGAAUUAAAUCGACACGAUUAGAGAUAGUGUUGAAUAAAGAAAGGAGCAAGAACACGAUAUAAAACAAAGUCUUUCAAGAUUAUCUUUAAUUAACAAACAAGAGUAGUAAUAGCUGGUGAAAUAAUAACUCAAAAAUAAAAAUGUCGCUGUAUACUGUUAAUUGUACAGAGGGUCUGGUGAUACCUCUGUGGUAUCCUAUGGAAGAUAUAGGACUGAGCGACAUUAUUAUUCGCGGUACCGUGUAUUUUUUUUUUCUACUGUAUCUGUUCAUCGGUGUGUCGAUAAUAAGCGAUCGUUUUAUGGCCGCGAUCGAGGUGAUAACGUCCCAAGAAAAGGAGCUGGUGGUGAAGAGACAGGGUCAAGAGCCACAGAUUGUUGUCGUAAGGGUGUGGAACGAAACGGUAGCAAACCUGACCUUGAUGGCUCUUGGUAGCAGCGCGCCGGAAAUAUUGCUUUCGGUGAUCGAGAUAUGGGCUAAAGAUUUCCAGGCGGGCGAAUUGGGACCUGGUACAAUAGUUGGCUCCGCGGCCUACAACCUCUUUGUUAUAAUAGCGCUCUGUGUGUUUGUGAUACCAAAAGGCGAGCACAGGAAGAUUAAGCACUUGAGGGUAUUCUUCGUGACGGCUACGUGGAGUAUAUUUGCCUAUGUAUGGCUCUAUAUAAUUCUCGCGGUUUCCAGCCCUGGUGUUCUCGAGGUGUGGGAAGGCCUUUUGACAUUUGCAUUCUUUCCUGCCACUGUUCUAACGGCCUACGUUGCCGAUCAGCGAUUGCUUAUCUACAAAUAUUUGCACAAAGGCUAUCGCAUGAACAAGCGCGGAGUGAUUGUUCAGGGCGAAGGGGGCGAUUCUGAAGCCGGAGUCGAAUUAGAGAUCAAAGAGCACGAUGGACCGCACCUGUUUGUUGAUCGUGUCGGAGAUAGUUGUGGCCAGGAGGCACGAGAAUUCGAAACCACCCGCCGAGACUACAUUAACACUUUGCGUGAGCUAAGGAAGAAGCAUCCGGCAUUGCCGCUAGAGCAGUUGGAAGUUAUGGCGCACGAAGAAGUUCUCGGCAAAGGCCCCAAAAGCCGGGCAUUUUAUCGCGUCUUGGCUACGAGGAAGAUGGUGGGCGCAGGAAACCUCAGUCGGAAGAUCAGCGAACGAGCACAAAGUGACUUGAGCGAAGUCAAGGCUGAGUUGCAGAGAGUUGAAGCCGAGAGUGUCGACAUUGAACAUAUCAACGCAAUGCGAAUUUUUUUUGAACCCGCUCACUACACGGUAAUGGAAAACGUGGGAACUUUCGAGAUAACUGUCACCAGAGUCGGCGGAGAUCUCAACAAAUCCUGCACCGUUGACUACUACACCGAAGACGGGUCUGCAGAAGCCGGUGAAGACUAUGUUGCUGCCAGAGGCACGCUGACCUUCGAACCCGGCGAGGUCAAAAAAACUAUCCAGCUGUCAGUUAUCGACGAUGACGUCUUCGAACAGGACGAGCACUUUUACGUAAAACUGAGUAACGUAUCGCAGCCAGCGAUGCUGGUGUCACCAAGUCUCGCAACAGUUAUGAUUCUUGACGACGACCACAGCGGGAUAUUUGGGUUCCCAGAACGUGAUAUAGAGCUGGUUGAAAGUGUUGGCCAGUAUCCUUUGAAGAUAGUGCGUUACAGCGGUGCCAGAGGACGUGUUGUCGUGCCAUUCCGAACUGUCGAGGGCACUGCGAAACCAGGAAAACAGUAUGUUCAUACUGAAGGCACAGUCACAUUUGAGGACAAUCAAACCGAGAAGACGAUAAUGCUCACGAUCAUUGAAGAGGACUCUUAUGAGAAGGAUGCCCUGUUUUAUGUCGAACUUAACGAGCCCCAGCUUCAAGGAGCCGAGGCAGGACUGGCUGCUGCUGCAGAACUUAAACCCCCGGAGGAGAGGACUAAGGAAGAAAAGAUGGCAAUACUUGGCAAGCCACGGCUGGGCGACGUUUCUACCGCUCAAAUAAGAAUCAAGGAGUCUAAGGAGUUUAAGAAUACCGUCGACAAACUCGUGCAACGAGCCAAUGCGUCCAUUAUACUGGGUACGAGCUCAUGGAAGGAACAAUUUACGGAAGCACUUACCGUUAGCGGGGGAGACGACGAUGCCGACGAAGCUGAUGCCGAGGGUAGAGUCUCGAGCCCAUCAACGGCAGACUAUCUCAUGCACUCGCUCACCAUCUUCUGGAAAGUCCUGUUCGCUUUCGUUCCGCCCACCAACAUUGCUGGUGGAUAUUUGUGCUUCGUUAUCAGUAUCGUUGGCAUUGGCGUGGUUACUGCUGUUAUCGGAGAUGUGGCAUCGUACUUUGGGUGUACACUUGGCAUUAAAGAUUCCGUUACUGCCAUUGUUUUUGUGGCUCUGGGCACUAGUAUACCUGACACGUUUGCCAGCAAAGUUGCAGCAUGUCAGGACAAGUAUGCAGACGCGAGUGUCGGAAACGUGACCGGUAGUAACGCAGUGAACGUCUUCCUGGGCAUCGGUAUCGCGUGGAGUAUUGCCGCCAUAUAUCAUGCCUACCAUGGCAAUCAGUUUGAGGUGGAGCCUGGCAACUUGGCCUUCUCUGUGACUCUCUUUUGUUCCGAAGCCUGCAUCGUAAUAAUCGUGCUGAUGAUAAGAAGAUCGAAAGCAAUAGGGGGAGAGCUCGGUGGUCCAGUCGGAAUCAAAGCAAUAACAUCAAUCCUACUUUUCUCACUGUGGCUCUUUUAUCUGGUGAUGUCAACCAUGGAGGCCUACGGAGUAAUAAAGGGCUUCUAAGUCUGAUAUCUUGGACUCGCGGCCUACAAAAUAUUUUAAAAUAAAAUGACAUAUUUAUGCAGACUAAAAAAAACGACACAUCUGGUGUAAUUUUCGUCUUUACUACAGACAAUUUUUAUUGUUAAACUUUUACUCAGCUGAGACUAUUUCUAUCUGUAUUUCUAUCUAUGUCUGUCUUUGUCUGACUAUCUAUUUCUCUUGGUAUUAUAUAGAUACUUACAUAUAAUAAUGUAAUACUUAAACUCUAUUCACUGGCUCGGUGGAAAAAUGUCCGAAUAAAAAUAGGAGUAUAAAACUGGUAUCGGCGACCACCGCAGCUCCGUUGGUAAUACGAUACGAUGCCAAGUGUAAAAUAGAGAUUCAAUUUGUCGUCUCUUGUAUUUUUCUGAUUUUGCUGGGACACUUUCUUGUGCAAUACCGAUCUGCAACACUCCGCAUAACUACGAAUUACAUUUACCAGAGGAUUUAAAUAAAAUAAUAAAAAUGGAAAUAAAAUAAAAAUAGUUUAAGUGCAGGAAAUAAAACUCGAAUUAAAAAAUUAUGCGGACGGUUUAAGAUUUUGCCUUAAUAAAUAAUUAAAAAUAUUAAAAUUGUAAAAAUAAUAAUUAAGUGUAUAAAGAAUUGACAAUGAAAAUUAUAUUAGUUGAGUCGUUAUAACGUGACACGUUACAAUCAAAUCCAUAUUAUAUAUGUAAAUUUUAUUGUAACUGCAUAUACUUAUAAAUAGUGUAUUUACUUUAUUUCGAGUACAUGUUUAUUAUUAAUGAUUCCAUCAGUAGACUAGGAAACGAGUGCUGCAGAUUUUAUUAAUUUUAAUAGGAUGAUUGUAAUACGAAUAAGUAAUUGAUUAACUAAUCAAUAAUAACAAUAAUCAAUAGAAAAUAAUUAAUUAAAUGAAAUCGCUAAUUUUAUAUAUGUAAAGUGUACUUGGGUACAUACGUUACUUUUGUUUUAAAAAUGCUAUAGUCUUCGCAUCAGUAACGAGAUAUUUUAAGAAAAUUGUGUAAUAGAACCGUAAGAUUUAUUUGUUGCUGUAAAUUAAAUAAUAAUAAUAAUAAUAAUAAUUAUAAUAAUAAUAAUAAUAAUAAUAUAAAACGCUUUAUAUUUAAUAAUUUAUUGUGUUUUGAGCCCCGAGUAAAUUUCACUCGGGCAGGAAUGAGUGGACGGAUAUUUUUUUCGAGCUAAAUAAAUCAACUGUCAGUAUUAAGACGACCUUCGCUCGAAUGUAAAAGCUUUUCCUGUUUUUCACUGCCUUUGAUCGGGGGUCGUGCUCAUAUUGCUUGCAGUAUGGACGUUAAGGAUGAGUCUAAUUAUAAAUUCAGGCAAUUGAUCAUUCCAAUACUACUACAGUUAAAGAGAAUAUGGAUGCGUUAAUGUUUAUUGAUCGGAGCGCUUUGUGCAGUCAUCAGUAAUUUAUAUUUAUGUUUAUUAUAUGUCGUGACAAAUGUCUCAUGCAUUAGGAAAAUUAAAUUCAUUAAUACACUGUAAAAAAAAACGGCGUUAAAUCGGUAAAAAAAAAUUCUGCGUAUAGAAAUUAGAAAAAAAAAAAUAUAUUGCAUAUGGAAAAAUAUGAAAAUUAAAUGGGGAAAUUUUUUGAACACCUAAAUCGCUUGAACUUACCCCGUUUUUUUUUAACAGUGUAUCAAAAUGGAUGAUAAAAAAAAAUAGAUAAAAUUUUAUUAAAACAAUUAGAUGAUAAAAGGUAUAUAGUAAAUUAAAUUAAAUUUUUUAAUAAAUUAUCAAAAUAAUAAUCCGUGAUUUUAAAGUUUUAGCUGAGGAAGAUUAAUAACGUAUGCGGGUCAUGGGUAAGAUGAAUAAAGUUUGUCUGUGUCUAUAAUAAGUCUAUGUGUGGGUGUAUUUCUUUGAUUGUUGAAACAAAAGAUUUCCUCAGAGAUUCGAGCCAACGAAAUUUCCACCAAAGCAAAAGCAAAGAUAUAAAUUGUAAUUUUGAAAAAAAAUAAACGUUAGUUGUCUCUAUUAAAACUAGUCGAAGG